ACGUAGCCCACGCUCGCGGUCAGGUCGGGGGAGUGGGACCCUGCGGGGCCGCGCUGAUCCGUCGACGGGGCAGCGCUCUGAGGGCCCGCGCGCCCCCGUGGGCUGGGUGCAUGGGACUGCCUGGCCGGGUCACACGGUCGGCACUCGGCGCAGCGGCUGCGGUCGGACCCCCGGAGUUCUUGGCAAGCGUGGCUGGGGCUGCCCCGGCAGGAGUCGGGAACCGGGACUCGCAGGUGCCGGCGGGCUUCUGCGGGGCUGGGCUCCGGGCCUAGGAACUGAAGGUGGGGCCCAGACCGAGCCUCGGCAGAAAGACGCGCUAUCAGGCUCCUGUUGUCUCUGCGGCACCAUGAAUGCCAUUGUCGCUCUCUGUCACUUCUGUGAGCUCCAUGGCCCCCGCACUCUCUUCUGUACUGAGGUUCUGCAUGCCCCGCUUCCGAAAGGGGCGGGGGACAGCCAUGGCCAGGGUGAACAGGCGGAAGAAGAGGAGGGCGGCAUUCAGAUGAGCAGUGGGACCUGCACUCACAGCCCAGCUGAAGGGGCUGGCGCAGAGUCCAGCAGCCCAGGACCCAAAAAGGCGGACAUGUGCGAGGGCUGCCGAUCACUUGCUGUGGGGCACCCUGGGUACAUCAGCCAUGAUAAAGAGACUUCGAUUAAAUAUGUCAGUCACCAGCACCCCAGCCACCCCCAGCUCUUCAGCAUCGUCCGCCAGGCUUGCGUGCGGAGCCUGAGCUGUGAGGUUUGCCCUGGUCGCGAAGGCCCUAUCUUCUUUGGGGACGAGCAGCACGGGUUCGUGUUCAGCCACACCUUCUUCAUCAAAGACAGCCUGGCCCGGGGCUUCCAGCGCUGGUACAGCAUCAUUGCCAUCAUGAUGGACCGGAUCUACCUCAUCAAUUCCUGGCCCUUCCUGCUUGGGAAGAUCCGAGGGAUCAUUGAUGAGCUCCAGGGCAAGGCUCUCAAGGUGUUUGAAGCCGAGCAGUUUGGGUGCCCACAGCGAGCCCAGAGGAUGAACACAGCUUUCACACCGUUCCUGCACCAGAGGAAUGGUAAUGCCGCCCGCUCACUGACCUCCUUGACAAGCGAUGACAACUUGUGGGCGUGCUUGCACACCUCCUUUGCUUGGCUCCUGAAAGCAUGCGGCAGCCGGCUGACCGAGAAGCUCCUAGAGGGCGCGCCCACCGAGGACACCUUGGUCCAGAUGGAGAAGCUCGCGGAUUUGGAAGAGGAAUCAGAAGGCUGGGACAACUCUGAGGCUGAAGAAGAAAGAGCCCCUGUCUUGCCAGAGGGCGCAGAGGGGCUGGAGCUGACCAAGUGCCCCACAGACUCUUCCUUGCUCUCAGACUGUGAUAGCUGGCAGCCCCGGAAGCUGUCUGUGUUUAAGUCUCUUCGGCACAUGAGGCAGGUCCUGGGUGCCCAGUCUUUCCGCAUGCUGGCCUGGCAUGUCCUGAUGGGGAACCAGGUCAUCUGGAAAAGCAGAGACCCCGACCUGGUGCUGUCAGCUUUCGAAGUGCUUCAGACCAUGCUACCAGUGGGCUGUGUCCGCGCCGUCCCUUACAGCAGCCAGUAUGAGGAGGCCUACCGGUGCAACUUCCUGGGGCUCGGCCUGCAUGUGCAGGUGCCUGCCCAUGUGCUCGCCUCAGAGUUUGCUGUUGUGGUGGAGGUCCACGCAGCCGCUCGCUCCAGCCUCCACACCGCCAGCUGUGAGGACGAUCAGCCUCUCAGCAAGUAUGAGUUCUCAGUGACCAGUGGGAGUCCUGUAGCUGCAGACAGAGUUGGCCCAACCAUUUUGAAUAAGAUAGAAGCUGCCUUGACCAACCAGAAUCUGUCUGUGGAUGUGGUUGACCAGUGCCUCAUUUGCCUCAAGGAAGAGUGGAUGAACAAAGUGAAGGUCCUUUUUAAAUUCACUAAGGUGGACAGUCGACCCAAAGAGGACACCCAGAAGCUCCUGAGUAUCCUUGGAGCAUCCGAGGAGGACAAUGUCAAGCUGCUCAAAUUCUGGAUGACAGGCCUGAGCAAAACCUACAAGUCACACCUCAUGUCCACAGUCCGUAGCCCCAUGGCCUCAGAGCCUCGGAAUUGACCCCGCCGUGGACAUCAGCAUGAUGUGCUUCUGGGACAUGGGGAUGGCCGCCCUCACCACUGUGCUCCCAUUUCCAAACUGCUGGUGUGGAGCCGUUUCUGAGCAAGGAAUGGAAAUCGUUGGGGCUGAAUUGUGCCUGUGGGGGGUGUUUGGGCCUGGUGUAGUUCUUGGGGCCAUCCCACAAGCUGCUCCAAUUGCUCCAGCCUGAAGAGGACACUGGGAGACUUGUGCAAGGGACCAGUCCCUGCAUUGGUGCACCCUUGUGAGACAAGAUGAAGGAAAUUGUGCGUCUCGAGUCUCUCGUGGACUUAGAUAUCAAAAUUUAUAAGGAAAAUUUUAGUUACAAUAUCAUACCCUGUCUCGAGGUUAACAUUCAAAACUUUCUAUUCUGAAAUUCAGCAAGAGUUUUCCAGGCUUUAUAUGCAUGAAUAUAUGUAUUGCUACAGUUGUGGGUUUCCAAGAUCCAUGCUGACCCUUAUCUUAGUCACUUUACUAACCUGAUGUUGAGUUAGGGCUCUGGGAAAGGCUUUUGGAGUGAAGAGGAUGGAUGUGUUUCUUAUAGUUACACCCUUUGGAAUGCGUGUUCUGAAGUCUUGUGACCACCAAGGCUUCUGGCCAUGCUUUCCUGAGGUUGCUUUAAAAUCACACUGCAUGGUGGAAAUGGGAGGGAGGUGGGGAGGGAUGGCUGGGUGGGCUGGGAUGGGAAUAAAGGACAGAAAACUGUAACUGAACAACGAUUAAAAUAAAAUAAAAAAUAAAAUAAAAUCACACUGCAGUUGGACAAGCCCCUCAUCUUUGUCAGACAAAGAUGAUACUUUGCUGAAAUGUUCAGUGGGGCUGUUUGGCUGGUCUGGCGCACUGUGUAUGCAGUUUAGAACCGCACCCCCCCCAUAGUUUUGUUCCACAACACAUUUUUCUUUGUUGCUUCUUUAAACAUUCACACUUGCCAGCAGUUAAUUUUCAGAGCAUAAUGAUUUAAAAUAGUUCCAUCAUCUCAGUGUGCAUUUUUGAUAAGAGUUCAUGGUUUAGAGGGAUUUUGCAGCAGUUUUGCUGAUUUCUUUAGUUUUUUGUUUAAUAUAUAGUUAACAUGAAGACUGAAUUUAUAUGACUCGGUGUCUGUAUCAUGCAAGAACACCAAAACAAUAAAGCUGUAUUUUUAUAAAAUGUUAA